UCAAAGUCUAAAACAAAAAAACACUUUUAUUAGUUUUAUACAAGCAACGAUUACGUACAUUGUACUGAUGAGUCAAACGUGCAAGGUUAGUAAACCUUUCUGAUAAACCCUACCUCCUAAGUUCUGUUUCUUAGCAAACUACUAGAAUGUUGAGAUCCUUUAAGUCCCACCUUGUCGCACCUGUGUUAUUUGCGUACUAAGUACGAGGUAAGGCUCAGAAAUAUGGAGGCACAGAACGGGAUGGAAGGAAAACCAAAGACGCCUCAGCGUGAUUGUGUGGGUAUUAAUGGCUGUGCUGGUGAUGGUUCGGAAAAUGAUUCCGUUUUGCUCCAACCAUUUCAUUAUAUCCAGAAAGUCCCUGGAAAACAGAUCCGAGGAAAGCUGGCGCAGGCGUUUAACAUAUGGAUGAAAAUUAGCAACGAUAAAUUACAAGUGAUUACGGAGCUCAUGGAUAUGCUGCAUAAUGCUAGCCUUCUCAUUGACGAUAUCGAGGAUAGUUCUACGCUACGACGCGGAGUGCCAGUGGCGCAUUUGAUAUACGGCAUUCCCAGUACAAUUAACGCGGCUAAUUAUGUGUACUUUCUGGCGCUGGAACGAGCGUUAUCCCUGCAACACCCCGAUGCCCCGCAGAUUUUUAGCCAGCAACUACUGGACCUUCACCGUGGCCAGGGCAUGGAGAUUUACUGGAGAGAUUCGUACCAAUGCCCCAGCGAAGACCAGUACAGGACAAUGGUUAUUCAAAAGACAGGUGGAUUAUUCAUGCUGGCUGUCCGGCUGAUGCAGCUGUUCUCGGCUGACCAAACGACCGACUUCCGCCCUCUGACGGAAACGUUGGGCCUGCUGUUUCAGAUACGAGAUGAUUACUGCAACCUCAUUGAUCAGUCCUAUAGUCACAACAAAACUUACUGUGAAGAUUUUACCGAAGGAAAAUUUUCUUUUCCAAUCGUCCAUGCUGUCCGCGUGCGCAACGAUCCAGACGGAUUGGUGAUGUCCGUCCUUCGCCGAAGAACACUCGAUGUGGAUGUGAAAAAAAGAUGUGUUCAGCAGAUGUGCGAACUUGGUUCUUUGGAGUACACGCGUCAGACAUUACUGAAACUGGAUAAACAGAUGUCAAAGAAUUAUUUGACCUUUUUAUAGAGCUCGGGAUAUUGUCGAAAAUUUGGGUGGAAAUGUUGCGUUUUUGGGAUUGUUGGACGAAUUCAGAGCGAUUUUUGUGGAUCCUGUUCAGAUGUAACUGGUGCCAGUUUUUAGACAGUGUGAUCUUAGUUGUUAAGUAAGUAUUCCGCCGGUUAUAUGUUAGUCGGUGCUUCGCAGUGUAACUUGAUGAUGAAAACAAGUUUUUUUACUUUCUGCUGUUAUUUUUAUUCAAUGCAUGUCUUUCUUUUGUGUUCCUGUCCCACCGGCUACCGUAGCCAUACAAGCGAAAUUUUGUUGAAUGCUCCUUGAAUUGUAAACCCAUGGCAUGAAUCACAUCAAGUGAGCAAACGCACGAAUGAAUUGUUAAAUACUGAGGAUUG